CUGACCGGGUCAAGUCCCCUCCCACCUACUGUUCGCAGUAGCAGGGCCGCAUGCGCAGCUCGUCAACGGCGAGGCUUGCGGGAAAGAUGGAGUGUGCUGCGCCUGGUGCUACGGAGGCUGCGGACCCUGGAGGGGCCGGACCGUACAACAGCUCCGAGGAGCCGGAGGGUCGGGAACCGGACGCAGUGCGCUUCGACCGCGAGAGGGCGCGCCGCCUGUGGGAAGCUGUGUCCGGUGCGCAGCCGGCGGGGAGGGAGGAAGUGGAGCACAUGAUCCAGAAGAACCAGUGUCUCUUCACCAACACCCAGUGUAAAGUUUGCUGCGCCAUGCUGAUAUCUGAGUCUCAGAAGCUGGCACAUUACCAGAGCAAAAAACAUGCCAACAAAGUGAAGAGAUACCUAGCAAUCCACGGGAUGGAGACACUAAAGGGGGACGUGAGGAGACUAGACUCAGACCAGAAGAGCAGCAGGAGCAAAGACAAGAACCUCUGCUGCCCCGUCUGUAACAUGACCUUUUCCUCCCCUGUUGUGGCGCAGUCGCACUACCUGGGGAAGACCCACGCAAAGAACUUAAAGCUGAAGCAGCAGUCCACUAAGGGGGCAGCUUUGUUGAAACACCUUACAAUACCUUUCCUUGUGGCCUCCACCUUAGCCUUGCACCAGAAUAGAGAGAUGCUAGACCCAGACAAAUUCUGCAGCCUCUGCCACUCAACAUUCAACGACCCUGCCAUGGCUCAACAACAUUAUAUGGGCAAGAGACACAGGAAGCAGGAGACGAAGCUCAAACUCAUGGCGCACUAUGGGCGGCUGGCGGACCCUGCUGUCUCUGACUUACCAGCUGGGAAAGGCUAUCCCUGCAAGACGUGUAAAAUAGUGCUGAACUCCAUAGAACAGUACCAAGCUCACGUCAGUGGCUUCAAACACAAGAACCAGUCACCCAAAACAGUGGUGUCACCCACGAGCCAGAUGGCAGUGCAAACCCAAUCCACUCCAAAGGACUCAAGCACAGUGGAAGACUAGAAGUGUUUGUGCCUGGUCAGCCCUGUUGGGACAGCCACAGCUCCCAGUGACCCUUGGCCCCCUCCUUCUCCUUUCUUAUAUCAGAAGAAUAUGGAGGCAUGGGACCAGACUGGGCUGCAGCCAGCCUUUGACUGGGCCCAGAUGAAACUCCUCCUGCCCUUCCUCGUUAGCGUGGCCCUACAGGUCAUGACAGGGGACAGGGCUUUGAGAAGACCUGAGGUGGUGGUUUAGUGGUUAGCCUUCCCAACCCCUCUGGGUGGAUGUGCUGCACUCCUGGUGUC